AUGGGAAUCUACGUUCGGAGGGGACUUUUUGUCAACCGAAUUGUGCUGGUGGUGAUGCUGCUGCUUGUAACGCUGUGUCAUACUGUAUGCAAGAUCCAUUCUAUUAAUUGUUCCAUAUUUGAUGAUCCUCAUCCUAUUCCUCAUGAAUUUUACCAACCAGGAGAUUUUGUCAUUGGUGGGAUUGUUUCUCAAGUCUUCUUCCUCUAUAACAACCUCUCUUUCACGGAGCAGCCAGCACAUAUAUUGAUUGAUGAACCAAUAUCAGUACCUAAGAACUACCAGCAUAUUCUGGCAUUAGCAUUUGCUGUCAAAGAGAUCAAUGAGAAUCCCAACAUCUUAUCAAAUGUGUCUCUGGGGUUCCGCAUCCUCGAUAGCUACUAUUCUGCAAGGAUGACCUAUAAGGCCACCCUGAGCCUGCUUUCUGCACACCAUAGAUUUACCCCAAACUUCAAGUGUGACAACCAGAGCAAUCUGAUAGCUUUCAUUGCAGGAUGUGUCUCUGAAAUCUCUGCCAAUGUGGCAAUCAUUUCAGCAGUCCACAAGACUCCACAGAUCACUUAUGGGUCAUUUUUGACAGCAAAACGUACCAAAAGGCUGUUCCCCUUUUUGUACCGGAUGGUACCCAAUGAAGGCCAGCAAUAUGUGGGAGCUGUACGGUUAUUUCAGCAUUUCGGAUGGACGUGGGUUGGGCUCUUGGCUGUGAAUGAUGACAAAGGGGACCGCUUUUUACGGACAAUGGUGCCACUGCUUUCCCAAAACAAUAUCUGUUAUGCCUUCGUAGUAAGAAUACCAAAACGUUCUUUUGUGGAUGAGUUGAUAGCCUUGCUUAUACAGCGGCUGAGAAGCUUUCACAUUAUCACGGAGAGAAAAGCCACUGCAGUCUUUGUAUAUGGAGAACCUCCAUCCUUUCAGGUUUUGAGAGUGUUGCUGUUUCUAGCACCUUUCUCGUCACUGCCACCUUUCAAUAAAGUCCAUUACUUUCUAAGAAGAACCAUAUUCAACAACAGUGUUGGAGACACUGUGCAUUUUGAUGAAAAUGGAGAAUUAGUUACAGGUUUUGAUGUUACAAACUGGUUGAUGUUUCCCAAUGGUUCAGUGGUUAGAGUGAAAGUUGGAAGACUGGAACCUCAGGCUCCUCCGGGCAAAGAGUUAAUCAUUAAUGCGAGCCAAAUUGUGUGGCAUCAAAGCUUUAAUCAGGUGAUGCCAGUUUCUGUAUGCAAUGAGAACUGCUAUCCUGGCUAUAGUAGGAAAAAGAAGGAGGAAGAGAAAUUCUGCUGUUAUGAUUGUGCUCCAUGUCCAGAAGGGAUGAUCUCUAAUCAGAAAGACAUGGAUGCCUGUUUCAAAUGUCCAGAAAUCCAGCACCCCAAUAUUGACCAAACUCAAUGCAUUCUCAAGGUCCUAAGCUAUCUGUCUUAUAAAGAAGAUUUAGGGAUCAUCUUAACUAUUUUGGCUAUUUCCUUUUCUUUGAUUACAAGUUUAAUCCUUGGAACGUUUAUCAAGCACAAGGCCACUCCCAUUGUCAAAGCCAACAACCAGACCCUCACCUACAUCCUCCUCAUCUCCCUCCUCCUUUGCUUCCUUUGUUCCUUGCUUUUCAUUGGACAGCCUGGAAAGGCCAUCUGCCUUCUGCGACAAACAGCCUUUGGUUUAAUCUUUUCUGUUGCCCUUUCCUCUGUGUUGGCAAAAACUAUCACUGUAGUCCUGGCAUUCAUGGCAACUAAACCAGGAUCCAAGAUGAGGAAAUGGGUGGGAAAAGGACUAGCAAACUCUAUGGUCUUUUCCUGUUCCUGCAUUCAAGCAGCUAUUUGUAUAGUUUGGCUACUUACUUCUCCGCCAUUUCCAGAUAUGGACAUGUACUCAUCGAGUGGGGAAAUUAUAUUAGAAUGUAAUGAGGGUUCACCUGCUAUGUUUUCAUGUGUGUUGGGAUAUAUGGGUUCCCUUUCCAUUCUCAGUUUCAUUGUGGCUUUCCUCGCCAGAAAGUUACCAGACAGUUUCAAUGAGGCCAAAUUUAUCACUUUUAGCAUGUUGGUGUUUUGCAGUGUUUGGUUAACUUUUAUUCCAACUUACUUGAGUACCAAAGGAAAAUACAUGGUGGCUGUGGAGAUCUUCUCCAUCUUGUCCUCUGGUGCUGGAUUACUGGGUUGCAUCUUUUCCCCAAAGUGCUACAUCAUUGUGCUGAAGCCUGAGCUGAACAGCAGGGAACAUCUAAUAAGGAUGAAGAAGUGAAGUAAUCUAAGUUCAUCCCUUCUUUGUGCUCUUAUAUACCCUUCACUGGAAAUCGUGUCCUCCAAAUCAUGGAGAGCCACUUGUUGUGGUGAGCUCACCAAA